AUGAUAACCAACAAUAAUUUGGAUUACGCAAAGAGCUGCGUGGAUUUGAGCAAUGGCAGUGCCAGCAGCAGCACCAACUCUUCGCCAACAGCAGACAAUAGCAACUUAAAUCCGAAUGCGAAUGCGAAUGCGAAUGCCAACACGCAUUCAUACUUCAAUCGCUUCGAUAAUCGCAUAGCUGCCAAUCUUGCUGCAGUUAUAACUGGCGCACGCUUUCGUUCCUCCUCCUGCAACAGUCGCCAGCAACAGCAGCAGCAGCAGCCUGACAAUGCCAGGCACAACCCAACAGCCGGCAGAACGGCGCAACACUAUCAGCAACUGCUGCGUGGCAGAAGCUGCCUGGCCAAGCCUGCCUCACCCGCCAGCCUGGGCAGGCGACGUCCACUGCAGCUCUUCACGCAAGCGAAUCUCAACUGCAAUGACAACGAGAAGGUGGCGCAAACGCCCAGCUCCGAUGAGGAUAACUCACCCACAGAGCUCAACAAUUGCAAGCGUUUAACGGACAAGCCACCACUGGUUAAGCGCCUGACCAUGGGUCUGCUGCGUCACAACGAGGAGUCGCGCCCACUAGUGGGCAACAUAACGCCGCUAAGUGCGGCUGCAUUGCAAGCCGAAAUCAGCCAACCCAUCUACUCCAAUGGCUACAUCAACGAGGAUUCCUACAUAGACAGCAAGUUUGGCGACUCCUGCCGGCAAUCCCUGACAGCAAUACCCAUGCUCGACAACGUCAAUCUCAAUGACAACAGCGAGUUUAAUCUCAAGAAGCGUUAUCUGCGCGAAACCAGCAGCGCCAACUCUAGUCCCAAGAUCUUUGCGAACCGCCUGCGCGUAAACAACGCUGCUGCCCAGGCAGCGGCCAAUUUGGCUGCAAAUCAACGCAGCAGUAGCCUGGUCAGCACGCAUUGCACCGAGGAAGAGUCGGAUGCUGAGCUUAAGGAUGCCGGCUGGUAUCAAGCGGGCAUCUCUCGCGACAUUGCCGUUGAGGUGUUGCAAAACAAAAGUCCUGGCGCCUUUCUAGUGCGCAAGAGCAGCUCCAAGCCCGGCUGCUAUGCGCUGUCCUUGCGUGUACCCUCGCCGCCAGGACCCAAGAUAGCCAACUAUAUUAUACUACGCUCCGCCCACGGCUAUAAGAUCAAGGGAUUUCGCAAGGAGUUCUCCAGCUUGAAGGCGCUCAUAACCCACCAUUCUGUCAUGCCGGAGCUGCUGCCCGUGCCGCUGGCCAUGCCGCGACCUACCAACAUGUCCAGCUCUCGACGCAAUCUGGACGACUUUGAUACGUACGAUUCACUGCAGAUGCUGCUCAAGUAUCUGCGCGCUAAGAAUCUGGAGACGGAGCAGUAGCAUUAGCAAUUCAAUUAACUGACACUUUAAAUUUUGCAUUUCAUUUGGGCAAGUGGGCAAAAUAAUUUUGCUAGCAAUUCUCUAACAAAAAUGUGAUACUCUAUAAAAAAAAACACACGCACACACACACACACAUGCGCAUACGCACACAUACACUUACACAAAUACUACUGCAAAUGAAACGCCUAGCUGAUAAACGGUGAAAAUAAUUAUAGUUUAGUUCUUAUUUACGACAAAGCAAAAAUUGGCAAAAGCAAAAGCUUAGUGAGCAAAAGCAAGUCCCACUGUACUACUUUCAACUUACAAUUAGUAUUAUAAUUCAAUGUCUUGCACAGCCUAGCAAACAAGUAUAUAAUAAUAAAUAUUAAUUGAAAAUUAA